AUAUUACAAUAAAUAUAUUCAUUUACAAACUCAUGUUUCAGUAAUGAGAACUAAAAAGUUGUCUAGGUGGGUGAUUCUCACGGAAACUUGGUUUUAAAAAUGUCAAGCAUGAAAAUGUAAAAAUUGCUUAAAUUUACUUUUUUUCCCACCAGACAUUGAAAAACAAAGUCUGGAGUAAAUGGGAACAUUAAUUUAAAAACUUUUACUUAUCAUUUAACACUUUUUGUAACAUAAUUUUAAAAAUUAGUCCUAAAAAAUCUCAUUACCGCAACAGUCAGAAAACAUCAACACUGACAUAUUUUCAAAAUGACAUGACAAACCUGAAAGAACAUAAUUUGGAGAUUCUGCACAUGCAUUUAAAAGUAUUCAAAGUAUUAUGCUUCUAUUAAUUAAAUUAACAUUUAAUAAGCAUCUGUUGCGGUAAUGAUAAUCAAAAUGUCGUGUAAGCAUUCUGACAAAGACAAUAUUUCAAAUUAACUGUAAAAAAAAUGAUCUUACCUGGUAGCCAUCUUGAAGUAACUGGUCCAUGUGCUUGGUCACUCAAAAUCAAACUUUAUUAAAAUUCUGUAUGUGUGCUGAAACUGUUCUCAAAAAGUGUUGCGGAGGAUGAGAACAUCAGGCAUGGACACAUCAUUUUCCAAAUUUUUCUUCAUUAUUAUUAUACAUGAAUAUUCAGUAAAUACUUUUUCUGUCAUCUAAAGUAGUCUAGCAAAACAUCCAUUUAUUUUUUUCUUAAUAUUUUUGCGUUCAUUUGAUUAAAUUACAACAUAACGCAUGUUCAAACACAGCCGGACACAUUGCGGUAAUGAGAAUUUCAGCAAAAAAUGAGAUAAAAUUUACAAUUAUAAAUUCUUAUGUUGAAAUCACACAUUGUGCAAGGUAGAACACAGUAUUGUGUUAAUUCUGAUGCUUUUUAAUGUUACUAUAUUACACAUUUUAAAGCUAAAAUCAUUAGUGCCGUGGUGUUUCAAUGGUUUUGUGAGAAUCACCCAGGUAUGACAAACAAAAAUUCUACUUUUAUCUGGAGAGAAAAUAUAAGAACUGCUUACCUGGUAGCCAUCUUGAGUGUCACAGUCAAUUAUGUCUCUUCCAACAAUUUUUUUUUUGAAAAUGUUUGUUCCUUGAGUACUUAAACAAUAAUUGAAAAUUGUUGCGGAGGAUGAGAAAAUUGGUCUUGGACACAUUUAUAUUCCUUAUAAUUGUCUCUACAUUUACCAAUGAUCAUCAAAUACCACAUGUUUCUUUACUGUAAAUGUUUAUAUUAUUUUUUAAUUAUAAAUUUUUCCAUGUCAAAGAACCCACAUCCAGUCAUGCACACGUUGCGGUAAUGAAAAAUUCCCCUUAAAUGUGGAAAAACAACAAAAUUGGUUUGUAUGUUGUCAUUUGAAAUCAUGUGCAAAAUAGUACAUGAAAAGAUGUUUAUAACUGUAUGCUUCUUAUUUUGAUAGCAUUUACAUUUUUUAUCAAAAUGUUUUAUGACACCUCAUAAGUCUAAUUUCGCGAGAAUCCCCCAAUAGAGUUCUAUUCUAUUAACAGUUUUUAAUUGUUAUCCAAUAAAAUGUCAAUUCACAAUGGUCUUUAAUAAAAUGUAUACCUAAUCUAUGUGAAUGUAAUAAUAAAUAGCAUUUUAAACAUGAGCGAGACUUUAUUUGGUCAUAAUGUGAAUGUAGGUAUCUGAAAUGUAUUUCCUUCGCCAAACACUAUCAUCUAUUUUUGUCAAUUCCAAGGUCACAGUCAGGCAAAGAAAAGCAAACAUGGAUGACUUUCGUCUGCCUGUUGUCUGAAUAGAGAAACCAGACGCUUCUUUACUCUAUAGUGGGUACAGAUAGGUCAGCUGUCAUUGUUGUUGUCACACAUUCCAAACGCAGGCAGAUGUAUUUUUAGAAGAGAGUCUUGAUCCUUUAUAUCUUCCCGAUUGUGUCGCAGAGUUGUGUUACAGCUGCAUGACGCUUUCCCUCAUACUAACCGAAUACAAAAGUUCAGGUCAACCCGUUCGAUGGGGAAUUAUAAAUCAAGACCAACUCAGACAUGUACAGAUGAAUGGAAAAAGAAGGUAAGUGAGUCAUAUGCUGUUAUAAUUGAGCGACUGGAGGAGGAUUUGAGGCUGAAAGAGGAGGAGUUUAAAGAUCUCAAGUACGCUUUCAGCUCAGAGGAGGCGUUUAGUAAAGUGAAUCUGAAUUACCGCACAGAAGGUGGUCUGUCCCUACUGCAUCUCUGCUGUAUGUGUGGAGGGAAUAAAGCUCACAUUAGGACCCUUAUGUUGAAAGGUCUGCGUCCAUCCAGACUCACCAGAAAUGGAUUCACUGCAUUGCAUCUGGCUGCAUACAAGGAUAAUGCAGAAGUGGUCACUGCGCUAUUGCAUGGUGGUGCAGAUAUCCAGCAGGUGGGGUAUGGAGCCCUCACUGCCUUGCAUAUAGCAACUGUGGCUGCUCAUCUUGAGGCUGUUGAUAUUCUCUUGCAACACGGGGCCUACGUCAACGUCCAAGACGCAGUGUUCUUUACCCCUCUACAUAUUGCAGCUUACUUUGGUCAUGAGCAGGUGUGCAAGCUGCUGAUGAAGUUUGGGGCUGAUGUGAAUGUGAGUGGAGAGGUCGGCGAUCGGCCGCUUCACUUGGCUGCUGCUAAGGGCUUUUUAGGAAUUGUGAACUUGCUGAUGGACGACGGGAGCAAAACUGAUGUCAAUGCUCAAGACAAUGAGGACCACGUUCCCCUUCAUUUCUGUGCUCGAUUUGGACAUGAAGAGAUCGUCCGUUUCCUGCUGCAGGGCAAUUUUGAUGUACAGCCGCACUGUGUCAACAUCUACGGUGAUACACCCCUCCACCUAGCAUGCUACAAUGGAAAGUUUGAAGUGGUUAAAGAGAUUAUUCAGUUGUCUGGCACAGACAGUCUGUCUAAGGAGAACAUCUUCAGUGAGACAGCUUUUCAUAGUGCCUGCACCUAUGGUAGGAACCUAGAAAUGGUCAAGUAUCUCCUCAGUCAGAAUGCCUUAAGCAUCAACCAUCAGGGUCGAGAUGGACACACAGGUCUACAUAGUGCGUGUUUCCACGGACACAUCCGACUGGUCCAGUUUCUCUUGGACAAUGGAGCAGAUAUGAACCUAGUGGCUUGUGAUCCAAGCCGUUCCAGUGGGGAGAAGGAUGAACAGACGUGUUUAAUGUGGGCCUAUGAGAAAGGACAUGAUGCCAUUGUUACUCUGCUCAAACACUACAAGAGACCACAGGACGACUCACCCUGUAAUGAAUAUUCCCAGCCAGGAGGGGAUGGAUCUUACGUUUCCGUUCCCUCUCCUCUGGGAAAAAUUAAAAGCAUGGCCAAAGAGAAGGCAGAUGUGAUUUUGCUGCGGGCGAGCCUGCCAUCAAAUUUCCACCUCCAACUCUCUGAGCUAGAGUUUAAUGAGAUUAUUGGUUCAGGCUCCUUUGGAAAAGUGUACAAAGGAAGAUGUCGCAAUAAAGUAGUUGCAAUUAAACGGUAUCGUCCAAACACGUACUGCUCAAAGUCGGACACGGAUAUGUUCUGUCGCGAGGUCUCCAUCCUGUGUCGUCUCAACCACCCCUGUGUGAUCCAGUUUGUAGGGGCGUGUCUGGACGACCCAAGCCAGUUUGCCAUAGUAACGCAAUACGUGUCCGGAGGAUCCCUGUUCUCACUGCUCCAUGAGCAGAAGAGGAUCAUCGAUCUGCAGUCCAAGCUCAUCAUUGCCAUCGAUGUGGCCAAGGGAAUGGAGUAUCUACACAAUCUGACCCAACCAAUCAUCCACAGAGACCUCAACAGUCAUAAUAUUCUGCUCUAUGAGGAUGGACACGCUGUGGUUGCUGAUUUUGGAGAGUCUCGUUUCCUGUUGUCUAUGGAUGAGGACAACAUGACCAAACAACCUGGGAAUCUACGCUGGAUGGCUCCAGAAGUGUUUACACAGUGUACCCGGUACACGGUGAAAGCAGACAUGUUCAGCUAUGCCCUCUGCCUAUGGGAACUGCUCACUGGAGAGAUUCCCUUCGCACAUCUCAAACCAGCUGCUGCUGCCGCAGAUAUGGCCUAUCAUCACGUACGGCCUCCGAUUGGAUACUCAAUCCCUAAACCCAUUUCAGCGCUGCUCAUGAGGAGCUGGAAUGUGUGUCCAGAGGAAAGACCUGAGUUUUCUGAGGUGGUGGCCAAACUGGAGGAAUGCUUGUGUAAUGUGGAACUGAUGUCUCCGGCCUCAAGCAAUAGCAGUGGCUCUCUGUCUCCCUCUUCUUCUACGGACUGCCUGGCCGCACGUGGAAGUCCCGGACGGAGUCACGUUGCUGCUCUCCGCUCACGUUUUGAGUUGGAAUACGCGCUGAAUGCUCGGGCCUAUGCAUUUUGGAGCCAGAACUCUGGUCGAAGAUCCUCACAGGGUUUGUCACGGGAUGACCUGAGGAGGAACAUGCAAUUCCCACCUAUGGACAGAAAUGGAUAUGUGUCAGAUCCCAUGAGCACCAUGCGUUUCCAUUCAUGCAGCAGCAAUGGAAGUUUUGAGGAGAGCAACUAGAUGCAGCAACUCUCAGAAUCGCAACAAAUACACACAAUAUAACUAAAUAGAAAUACUGAACACAUACUGUAUAAUCAGACUUAUUUUGGUUUAUUUUUGGUCAUUUCUUUUUUUAGGCUCUACUGUAUGUGUGUGAUCUUUUUAUAUAUAUUUAUAUAAUCAUACAACAAUAGUGUUUAAUAAUAAAAGUGUUAUAUUCAGAUCACACCUCUCUCAUACGGCAUUUUAAAGAGUCAUACAGUUUUAAAGGAAAAC